ACCUUGUGACGCGGGAGAGGGAAGAGGAGGAACAGUGGGAGGAGCGAGCAAAUCUGUCCAGAUCUCUUACAGGUCUAACUGGCUGGGCAUGGCUUCGUUCAAGCAUUCACCUUGGACAGGAUACGCGCCAGACAUCAGAGCUUUCACGGUUUUUUCUGUUCUGCCAUGCUGUGAACGAAGGCCGUGCGGAGUGUGAAACACCAACAUCCAGAAAAACUUGUUUACAUGAAUAAAAUGCAAUGGAAAGCUCAGCUGGAACACUCCACAGACAAGAUGCGAGUGACACCGACCUCCCCAUGCCUUUAAGGGACGAUCUAGAAGCAAUGCACCUUUAUGAGUGCAUUGAUGACAUAUCACAAAAUGAUGGAUCUAAUUUGUACGAGAUCCCAGAAUCUCCCACUUUAACCGAGCCUAAACCUGGAAAUGAAGUCUGGAAUUUUGAGGUCGGAGGUCCUGGAAAUACCAACCAGCAGAGCACAAAUGGUCGUCCCCCAGUACCCCCAAGAGCUCCCAAUCUACAAAGAUGUAGGCUUCCUAGUGAAUGUUUGAGAGGAAAAAAGGUCCUUCGACUUCCUCCUCCUCCUCCUCCUCCCAGGCCGGGACUCAAACAGCAGCCUCUUCAAAGACUGACUCGCUCCAAUUCUGAAGUAUACAACAAAGAUAUAUGGGUCCUCAAACUCAUAGACACUCCGGAGGGCAGCACCAAGACAGUGGUUUCGUUUUCUGCUGCAACUGCCAACUUAAUGUCAAAAUACAAGCACACAGACAGUCUUUACAACUCCGGUUUGGUAUGCGGGCGACUGCUGGACAUCAACCGUGCCCUGCUGCAGCAGGUCGAGGUGACUAUCAGUGUGGUGUGGGACCAAAACCAGAUCCCCAUCCCCACCUCAGUGAACAGGACAGUGAAGAGUCUGAUCGAGGACAUCUCCCAGCUUCUAGACAUCCCUCCCAACCGAUCUGAGCAUUGCGUUUUAAAACUGUGUGACUCCGAGGAGUAUCUCCAGAAUGAAGAGCUUCUCGGCAUGCAUGAGACAAUUCAGAUCUACUACAAGCUUAAUCUGGAAGUCCCCGUCCGACUGGUAGACAUCAACAGCAUCGAACGCGGACUGGCCAGAGAUGCCGAGGAUGACAACACUGAAUGCCAGCUGUUCCGGUUUCUUGCUUCUGCUUUUGUCUUCAACACCAGCAAGCUGAGUCUUCAGAAUUUGCUCAACACCUACUCUAGAGAGGCAAAAGAUCUCUUCAGUACUAAGUCUGGGGUGAAUAUUGGUGUUAUUGUGAGCCAUGCUCGGGGCAUCAGCAACCUUCUGUGUGGUGUCACGUGCCAAGAACUGGAGGAUGCCAUUGGCAGCCUCAACAGAAUCAAUCCAAGACCUCUGAGUCAUGAGGAGACAAGUGAGUGUGCAGAUGCCAUGCUCAUGCUCCACGGGGCGCUGCAAAAGCUGCUGCAGGUGUUUUUUGAAAACUUCCAGUCAGACUUCAGCGCCCCGAAGGUAACGAGCAGCUUGCAAAUCUGUGACGUAGACCACAACCGCGACAUCCUCCAGCUCAAAGUUGCUGCUCUCUACAAACUACACCCCGUCUGGGUAGACACUUAUGAGUCAUUCUCUAUUUCCUGUGAGCUGACGUAUGUAGGAAGGAAGCUCUGCGACAGUGGAGUUUGUGAAAAUAUCAGCACUGCCUUGUCUCACGGAAACACGAUCCAGUGUAACCGCAUGAUAGUAUUCCCUGUUUCAAUAAAUCAGCUUCCCUAUGAGUCCAUGCUCACUUUUCGCCUCAAGGGCUCCAAGAAAGGCAAACCUGCUGAGCUUUUAUCGUGGGCUGUACUACCUCUUUACAGCGAUAGGACUCUCGUAACAGGCACCGUCUUGCUCAGCAUGUCCACUUUGGCUGAGCUGUCUUUUCCUCCGUCCGCUGCCCUCUUUGACAGCCACAGACAAGCCAGUGGGGUGAUAAUGCAGCUUCAGUUUCAAGACCAGGUUGAGUGGGAGUAUAAGAGGCCCAUUGCACUCCCUGGGUCAAUAUUGUUCACACAGGCUUGUGAGGAACUGCAAAAGAAAAUGCUGGAGGUUUCAAAGAAGCAUUGUCUCUGCUUCCUUACAGACAAUGAGAAAGCUUUCCUGUGGACGAAACGUCACAGCAGCGACAAACAAAGUACGUUCCUCCACCUGCUGCUGGGCGGAGUUCCCCAUUGGUAUCCUGAAAACCUGACAGAAAUCUACACUGUACUGGAGAACUGGGCUAUCUAUCUACCUGAGGAAGCCCUUUUCCUGCUUAGCGACAGCUUUCAUGAUCAGACUGUACGACAGACAGCCGUUCAGUACUUUGAGCAGAUACCAGAUGGGGAGCUGGAGGUGUAUUUACCACAGCUGGUCCAGGCACUGAAGAAUGAGUGGAAAUUGGAUGGACCCCUGGUAAUGCUGCUGUUGGAGAGAUCACUUAGGAACAUACGCAUCGCUCAUCAGCUCUUCUGGCUGCUGGAGGAUGCCCGCAAUGACCAACACUACCAGAGCUGGUUCAGUAAAAUUCAUGCUGCCCUGCUGCAGUGCUGCGGCCAAGCACUGAGGGAGGAGCUGCAGCGUGAAACCCAGCUGAUGGCCGUGCUCAUACAGGUGGCUAGUAGCAUUCGCAGUGCUGACAAGGCUCGUCGUAAGAGUGCUUUGAAAAAAACAAGGUGGAGAAUUGAAGACUUCUUUAAGAAUGGGAUCAGCUGUUGCCUACCACUAGAUCCUGCUGUCUGUGUGAAUGGAGUGAACCUAGAAGCCUGUAAGGUCUACAGCUCAUUUGCUGCUCCUCUGGGGAUCCCAUUUAUCUGCACUGACCCUCUGGCCAAGAACUACAAUGUUAUCUGCAAGACAGGAGAUGACCUGCGUCAGGACAUGCUGGUACUUCAGAUUGUCCGUGCGAUGGACAGAGUGUGGCUCCAAGAGGGACUCGAUCUACAAAUGAUCACCUACAAGUGUAUUUCUGCAGGCCAAGCUCGGGGUCUGGUGGAAGUGAUACCAGAGGCAGUGACCCUGGCAAAGAUUCAUAAAGAGUGGGGUCUGAGUGGAAGCCUCCGAGAGGACACUCUGGAGAAAUGGUUUCACAUGUUUAACAGAACUAAGGAAGACUACGAGAAGGCUGUGAUGAACUUCCUGCACUCGUGUGCCGGGUGGUGUGUCGCUACCUUCAUCCUGGGCAUCUGCGACCGCCACAAUGACAAUAUCAUGCUGAAAAAAAGUGGGCACAUGUUCCACAUUGACUUCGGGAAGAUAAUGGGCAAUGCGCAGAUGUUUGGAGGCGUUAAAAGGGACCGGUCUCCCUUCAUCUUUACAUCUGAGAUGCACCACUUCAUCACUGGCGGAGGGCAGAAGCCUCAACGCUUGCAUCGCUUCGUGGAGCUCUGCUGUGAGGCUUACAACAUAAUCAGACAGCGUUCUGCACUCAUACUCAGCUUGUUGGAGCUUAUGCUACAUGCAGGAAUGCCAGAACUGAAGGACUCUAAUGACUUGCAGUACGUCCAGAACAACCUCAGACCUCACGAUACUGAUCUGGAGGCCACCUCCUUCUUUACAAAGAAGAUCAAGGAGAGUAUGGACUGUGUUGCAGUCAAGUUUAACUUCCUGGCACACAACAUGGUUCAACCCAAGAAAAAGGACACCCUGCCCCGGGAGAGUGCUCCUGCCCCUGCUAGUAACAUUCAGGAAGCUGUCAUUUUGGGAUACUCUGCCACGGGAAAAGAUGUGCUUUAUGACCUAAGGAUAACCAUUGACGAUGGGUUUCUGACCAGUGAGAAAACAUUUGGACAGUUUGAGCUGAUCCAUAGGGAGCUGCAGAAACACUUUAUUGAAUCAACACUACCACAGUUUCCGAGCUGGUACCAGAUGUCAUUCACCCCAGGCAGGAAGAUGUCUCUGCUGAAUAAAUACCUAAAAGAGCUUUUUGAAGGACCUUGCAAAGGAAAUGAAUUUGUCUGCAGCUUGUUUCUGGAUGGUCCAGGACAUAACCGAGGUCCAAAAUGUGCAGAAGAGCAGGCUCAGGUCCAGCUUUACAUUACUUACGCCAACUACAAGCUCUCUGUAAUGAUAAAACACCUGAAGAACAUUAAGCACCCAAACGGCUCUAAUCCUGAUGCCUAUGUUAUCACAUACCUGAGGCCAGACCCUCGGCAGCGCUCCAAGAGGAAGACAAAGAUUGUCCGCAAUAAUGUCAACCCCACCUUCAAUGAACUGGUGGAGUACACUUCAGUCACACAGCUGAAUGGGAUAGUCCUGGAAGUGGUAGUAAAGAGCAAGAAGGCUUUUGUGGCUGCAACUAACAUUAAACUGGACGAAAAGAUGCUUAAUCAGGAGCUCUGGUUCCCUCUCGGAAACUCUGCUGUCUGACCUCAGAGCUGCACUGCAGGCUUACUGCCAGCAGGGGGUGCAACCACAUCGAGUGAGGGACCACAUUCAUGGAUUUGAGAGGGAGAUGCCUGAGAAGAGGAAGAAUGCACUGUAUACAAAACAGUGCAUGCCAGUUGUACUUAUUUAUCAGAUGCAACUUAAUCUCAUUCCAGACCUGAAAACACUGCCAGCAGAUGGGAGUGUGUGGAUAAAGUUACAAAACAGACUGAAAGAACACGGCGGACUGUUUACUGUGUGACACAGGAUUUAUUAUUUCUAAAUUUUUAUCAAAUGAAGGCCUUUUGUUCACUAGUUUUUCUAAUGUUACCUUGGUGAUGGAUGAAGGAAACUUAUUUUUUAAUCACUGUGGCACUUUCGUUUGCACUUGACUUUGUUUUUACCGAGAGCAAAAAGCAGACCUUGUAAACGUUUACGUCGCCGAGGCUGUUGACGCGACAGAUUAAAGAGGAGGUGAUGCAGCGCCACCGGUUUGUUACCUGAGUGUGUUUGUCCCCUCAGGCUGCCUCAACUGCGCUGUCCUUGACCGGUGGGACUGGAGGCGUGAGGGGGUGAGGGAAAGCGUGUGAGCAGGAUGACAACUCUGCCUUUUUGGCCCGUGGGGCUGAGUUAACACUCGCCCCCUCACCAGCUUUUGCCUUAUCCAUCAGGAGCAUUUGAGCACCAAUUUAGCACGUGUGUGCACCGGCACGCAAAGGCAGACAAUCACAUGAUGACAAAAAAGGAAAGAAAAAUAAGACACACACUUUCAAGGCACAACCAAGUCUUCGUGUUAUCUUAAUGCUGUCCUUUCUCUUGACAGGCCUGCUGACCCGUACUUUCCUCUGCCUCAUUCAUAGUGAUUUAGUGGCGAAAGAGGAUAGAAAUAGACUUCCUUGAACUGGAUCUGGUUAAAUUAUGUAUACCUCUGUGAAUCUUAUUUAUAUUAUUCCCUGAAGGGUCUCUCACAGGGAAGUAGGCCUGUAAGAUGGUACUCUUUAAAAACCGUGCUCAUGGAGUAUUAAUUUAUCCUGGCGCUACAAUCCGUUUCAGGCCUGAUGUAUUGUUUAGCUGAUCAUUAAUGAUAAACACCUCUUUCCUCCACAAAAAAUGUGGAUGUGCAAGACCCUUUUACAGCAUGUGCAAUCAAGUUUACCACAUAAAAAAGAAAAGAGAUCAAUCUACUCCUCUAAAAUCAUUACUCUAGGAAUGUCUCUAUUACUUUAGAGAUGCAAGGAGAGAACUAUUAUGUGUCUUCAGACUCACUGGAGCCUUCUGGUCUUUUCUUCUGCAGCACUCAGUUGCAGGCAGUGGGGAAAAAUAAAUGCACUUCUAUUUUCUGACAAUAAAAGUGGUAUUUAUAUCUGA